UGACGUUGAAAUGUUCAUCUUACAAUUUGUUAAACAUCUGAGAAGAAAAUACUCCUUUUUCUCACCCCAAUUAAGCCAUGAAGCAUAUGACUUAGUUGUAAUAGGAAGUGGAAUUAUUGGAAUGGCUAUUUCACGACAAAUUCUCAACGAAAAUCCAAAUAUCAAAAUAGUAGUGGUGGAAAAAGAAUCUGAACCAGGUUUGCAUCAAUCCUCACAUAACAGCGGAGUAAUCCAUUCGGGUAUCUAUUACAAACCUGACUCCUUAAAGGCCAAACUAUGUGUGAAAGGUUCAAACAUGAUUUUAAACUAUUGCCAGGAGAAAAAUAUUCCUUAUUUACCAUGUGGGAAACUGUUACCAGCUAAUUCACGUUGCGAAAUCAAGGAACUAGAGGCCCUUUAUCAAAGGGGUCAAGAAAACUGUGUGCCAGGCUUGGAAAUGAUCAAAAGCAAGUCGCGGAUUGAACAGAUACAGCCAGAUUGCCAAGGAGUACAGGCGUUGUGGUCACCAAAUACUGCUAACGUUGAUUGGAGUAUUAUAACGAAGCAUUUUUUGAAUGACUACCUUUCUUGUGGAGGAAACAUAAAAUAUAACUUUGAGGUCCUAGAUAUUAAAGGCUCCCCUUCAACAGAAUUUCCAAUAGAAGUUGGAUCAAAAAAUCAAUCGAUUUUCACAAAAUAUUUAGUGUGUUGUUCGGGCGUCCAGUCAGAAAACCUAUCGAGUUUCUUCAGCCCCUUACACAAAGGCAAGAACGUUUCAUUUCGUGUGCAAUACUUGUUGAUGAACGACAAUAACAACUGCCAAGUAAGAACAAAUAUUUAUGAAGUGCCCGAUCCUAAAGCCCCAUUCUUGGGCAUCCACUUAAGCCCCACCACCGACGGUAAAACUCUCCUUGGACCUUCCGCAUUGCCAGCUUUCGGACGGGAGGGUUACAGCUCCGUCGACCUGAAUUUAACCUACAUCAAAGACAUGCUCUUGUACUCCGGCUUCCAAAAGAUGAUCGUCAAGAACAUUCCAAAGUGUGCGGUUCAAUUAGCCAAAAGUUUUUGCGUUGAAGUGCAACACAUGCAGCUGAAGAAGCUUGUUGGAACUCUCAGACUGGAGGAUAUCAAGCCUGGACCUGUGGCCGUACAAAGUCAGCUAAUAGAUGAAGAUGGCCAUUUUGUGGACGAUUUUGUUUUCGAAUUUUUUGAAGGAGAAGGUCUGAGUAGUAGGAUCAUAAACUGCAGGUUUUUGCCCAGUCCCGCGGCAACCUCUAGUAUGGCAAUUGCCAAAUUGGUCAGCGCCGUAUUUUCAAAUCAGUUUGAAAGGAAUGCCAGACAAUACAAUUGAAUUUUUCUUUUAUUCUUAUGAUUAAAAAAUUAUUCAAAUGAAUUUAAUUGUUCAGUUAAGAGGAUCUAAAAUUUAAAUUUAUUUGGUGUGAAUAGAUAUUUCAAUACUUACCUUAAAACUAAUUAUAAAUUAUC